AUGCACGACGAAUAUGGCCCCGUGGUACGCAUCACGCCUGAUGAGGUCCAUGUACAAGAUCAAUUCUGCAAUGCGCAGCAUGCCGACAGUUGGAUCAAAGGUACCAAGGCUAUUCACUCUGGCCGACACCAAUCGGGGUACACUAGCCCGAGUUUCCAGAUCAGGAAGCGAUCGAUGUCGCAUGUCCGAUCGAUCCUUGGAGUAAAGGUGAUUCAGAUUAUCCGAGGAUUGGUUCUGAAGCAUCAAGUGGCUCGGGUUUUCAGCUGGCGCCUUCGAUCAUUUGCGUCAAUUCCGAGUCUUUCGGAGGGUUCCGUCGAUACGGCGGAGAUGGGUGAUCUGGAAGAUGGCCAUCAAUUGUGGUCCCCGGCCUCCAAACAGAUAUCCCGGAAUCAAUUUCCCAUUUGCAGUCCCGAAACGUCUGACCCGGGGCUCUGGGAAGCCGGCGAAGUCAAAGUUCAAGUGCUUCAUUCGACCAUUCAAAAGAUGAGUGGUUCAAGUCUCGAUCCAAGUCUCCCGCUUUAA